GUGGUCCAGGAGAAGCUCCGGGCCAAUGUCUUUGACCGGGUGAACACCUGUAACAUGCUGCUGUACCAGAUGAGGCAGCGGAUUCGAGCGCAGGACAAGCUGCGGAGGCGGCUGCAGCAGCUGCAGGAUGCCGAGAUGGACGACAAGCGGCACCAGGCGCAGGUGCAGGUACCCAGGCAGCUGGAGAACAACAUUGAGAAGAUGCUCACAAAAGUCCACGCUGGACAGAACGUGACCACUCUGUACCUGGCGGUGCGGGAUGUCCUGAGGAAGGAGCUGGUCCACCUGCCUCUGCACCUGGACCUCCUGUGCGGGAUGACCAAGCUGUACCACGGGGAGCUGGAAGACAUGGAGAUCAUGGCCUUGGAUGCCCUCAAAGCCGCUGAUGUAACCAAGGAGGACAUGGCUGAGAUGGAAACCUGGUUCCUUGCAGAGAGAGAGUUCAGGUACCGCUCCCUGGCCGCCCAGAAGGUGCACAUCGACAGGCUCUGGUUCAAGGAAGCAAGCGAAAGGCACCUGAGAGCGCAAGCCAGGUAUGAUCUCGCCGUGGACUUCCCGACUCUGCACCCGCAGGACCCACUGGUGGGCACCAAACUGGAGGCCGCCAAGACCCAGAUGGAGUGCGAGGCCCGGGUGACUGAGAAGAUGGAGAAGGCCAAGGCAGCUGUGCAGUGCUCCCGCCUCUGGGACAUCCCCGGCAGGCUCCUGGCACAGCAGAAGUCCUCGGUGGACCUGGAGCAGUACGUCAAGGAGUGCAAGGAGAAGAAGCAGGCGCUGAAGGAGACGCUGAAGGAGCUGGAGCUGAAGGAGGCUGAGCUGAAGUUUUGCCAGCCCCCCAACACAACCAGGUGUAGGAUGCUGGAGGAGGAGCUGAGGAUGAACCUGCAGUGCGAAGAGACUCGGCUGGAGCAGAUGCGAGCCCAGAUGCUGAGGAGCCAGGAGCUCCUGCUCGAGUUUGAAAAUGGCAUCGACAACCUCUUUGUCCGUCUGCAUGGCAUCACCGUGCCCGGCCAGGAUGAUUCUGUCAAGGCCAGGGGGGUGGAGGAGAAGCUCCAGCACUGUGAGCAGAAGCUGCAGCACCUGCUGGAGGAGGUGGCCGACCUGCCCCCCGACGGGCACAGCCCCGACGAGGACGACGAGACUUUUGUGAAGGUCAGAAAUGUUCUGGAGAAAACAACUGCAAAUGAUCCGCAGAACCUGAAGAUUUCCUUGGAGGACAUAGGCAGUAGGGUCCAAGACCCCUUUGAUUUUGCUGACAAAGACCAUGGCCUUGUCCUCACCCGGGAAGAAAUCAAGAAGCAGGGGCUGCACCUGAUCGAAAGCAAGAAGAAAAGUGGCAAGAAGAAGUAG